GGGGAGAGAAGGAGAGGCUCCAGAGGGAGGAAAAAAAAAAAAAAAGCUUCCUUCGCCCACUCCCUCCCCCUAACUUCGAUCUCCCUACUCGAGUUUCGACGCCACCAAAACCAGGAGGAAGAUAAAAAAAAAAAGCCAUCAGAUCUCCGCUUCCUUCUCUCGCUCUUCUUCGUGGCUCUCUCGGCUGCUAUCCGUCUUCGUUUAAGACGAGCAUGAGGAUUAGAAAGUCCGCCUCGAAGCUUCUGGGUUCGGCGAACGCGUACGCUUCGCCGCCGGUCCGGUCAGCAUCGUCGGAAUCGUGGGACUCGCAAGCUUCUGCCGCUGCCGGGCUUCUCUGCGAGCUCAACCGCUCGCCUUGGGAUUUGAUACCCAAUCUCCACGACAGUGGCAUCAUCGCGUUCCAGGAGGAAGAGAAGGAGCAAGGGGUGGAUAGGGGCAUUAUGGGAAAUGGCAUCAAGCUCGAAGAAGAACCCAUCCCUCCAAAUAGAAGAAAGGAGGAGGAGAUGGAGGAGAGCGGGGAGAAGGAUAAAAGGAAGAAGAAGAAGAUAAGGAGGAAGAGGAAGGAGAAGGAGAUCGAGACGGGCUCUGCGACUGCUACUGAGGCCACUGUUAGCUGUAAGAAGAGCGACGGUAAGGGAUGGCGCUGCAAAAGGCCGGCGAACCUCCCCCACUCCCUCUGCCUGUACCACCUCACGCAGCUUCGAUCAUACAGUUACAGCCAUAGUAAGGUCGCCAACCCGGCAAACGGAGGCCAGUUCAGUGUUCAGAAAAAGAAGGGGGAUGCAACCGGAGACGGCGGUAACAUGUACUACUACUACUACUAUGCCGGGUUCGGACCUUGCCGGAGAAAGAGGAGAGGAGAUAAGACUGAUGAUGUUGUUAAUGGCAGUGAUGCCGCUAUCAAAGAAGAAGAAGAUGAUGAUGAGGGGAAGGAAGAUUCGAAGUAUGGCGAUGAGGAUGAUGCUCCGGUGGUGGCCGGUGACGAUGAGGAAGGUGGUGAAGAUGAUGGGAGGGCCCACGGAGAUGACGACGACGACGACUCCGGAGAGGAUAGCAGUGAUGAGGAGAAGAACAGGAAUCGUAGGAAGAGAGGAAGGAAGCCCGUGAAGGCUCGCUCCCUCAAGUCUCUACUGUAGACUCUAAUUCUGAUUAUAUUUGUUGUUGUCGUUGGUGCUGCUGCUGCUGUUAGCUUGUUUUUAGUUCGGUUAGAGAUAGUUUAAUAUCUAAGUGUUCCUAAAAAAAUAAAAGCAUAGUUUAGUUUCUAAAGAUAGAUAUUGUUAUAAUGGAUUAGCCUCUUUAAGAGUUUGCAGAUUUACCA